AUGGCAUCACCAGCAGACGCGACAUCACGGCCGGCACGGAGACAAGUCGCCAAGGACAAAGUGCUUGGCCUUCAAGCUUCAGGACCUACUCGAGGCACCAGUGGUGGUGGCAAACCAGGACAGACAUACAAUAUUUACUACGACAAAUGGUCAGGUGGUUCUCGAGAUGAUCGAUCAACUCUGAACAAGGAAAAGUCGCCUUAUCGAUGUGACCCUGUCAAGGACACUGGGAGAACCAAGGGCACCUACAAUCCGAACGCCUAUUUCUGUGCGUUCUUUGCUAAAGGCUGCUGUCCUAAUGGGGAGGAGUGCGGAUGGUUGCACAGGAUACCAACACGUCUAGAUCAAGCAGACACUGGCAAGGAUGUGUUUGGACGUGAGCGGUUUGAUGAACACCGGGACGACCGUGGUGGUGUUGGAUCUAUGCGCUCCGACAGCAAGUCUCUCUAUGUUGGACGGAUACAUCCGUCCUCAGCUAAUGAGGCUAUCAUAGAGAAACACUUUAGACCGUGGGGUGAAUUGGAAAAGGUCAAGGUCUUGAAGGAUAAGGGUAUUGGGUUUGUGACCUAUCAGAAUCGACUUAAUGCCGAGUUUGCGAAAGAGGCUAUGGCGAAUCAGUCUCUGGAUCAUGGAGAGGUUGUGAAUAUCAGGUGGGCGACAGAGGAUCCUAAUCCAAAAAUGCAAGCGAUGAACAAGCGCAAGGCAGUGGAGAUGACGAGACAGGCGAUCGAGUCCAAACUCCCUGGAGACGUCGUUGAGGCUGAGAACCGACUUGAAGGUGCUGAAACAGCAGGAACGGCAAAGCGAGCAAAGCAGGAACUAGCUGUCAAUACAGCAACCAACGAUCCGGCACCGACAUUGUACCAAGGAGAGGACGGUCAAUAUUAUUACGACUAUGGUGCGUACGGAUACAACCAUGAAACUCAUCAGUACGACCCUGCACGUUUGGGUCAGUAUCAAGGUCAGGCUGCUAAGUCUUCAACAACACCCCUGUCACUCCAGGAUCGCGUCAAGGCGUCUCUUCAAUCUACUACCACUGCCACUACUGUGACCACGCCAUCCGUGCCUGAAAAAGUAAAGGACACCAAACCUGCGGCAUCCGCUCUCGGUGCUCUUGCAGCGUAUGGAUCCGAUUCUGAGGAUGAUGAUGAAGACUAG